AAAUGACAACGGUGUUUUGAUUAGCAGCAAGACAGAGAUUAUAAUCAUAAUCAUAAUAACAAUGUUGAACUCAUGUGGACUUUGGACUGAUAUUGCCACCGUUAGCAACACCAACACGUUUCCCUUUCACCCACACGUGUUCACGCUAGUGGACUUCACCACCGUCGGUCGUGUGUCCCCAUCAGCAGGGGACGUGCACAUCAAACAGGGGGCUGGUGUGUUGGUGUCCACCGCCCAUGACUGCCCCCUGCUGGAAUGUAUGAUGUACAGCUGCCUCUCCCUCACCUUAUCCAUAGAAUCAGGUUAUUAAUGUGAUAAACAUUUGCACAUUUCAAAAAAUCUCAAACAACCGAUACUUCUUACGUAAAUACUCUUCCCAUGAAUACAUUUUGCCAGCAGGACAAACUUCAUCUCAGCGUGUUUACAUGGAGAGACUAUGAGGAAAUUGGCCCCAGAGCACAGACAGCUCUAUGGCUUGCAACAAGGUCACUUCAACAGAGGCUCUGUCCGAGGGGGCCUGUUCAGUCAUCUAUCCAUGCUCAUACGGAAAAAAAACUUCAGCGCGCGGUUUUCUCAACAAUGCGUCUCCACCAUUGCACACAGGUGUCACAAAAAAUGGGUCUUCGAAAUAGAGAGAGACAUCACUGCUCGAUGGUCCAACCUCACCAGGUGAUCGAGACUCAACAACAGGAGGAUGGUGACCUCAUCAGGGCCCGGAAGCUGCCAAAUCCCGUCCUGGCGUCUCACCAAUGCAGAGCCCUUCACCAAGAGUUGCUCUUCUGCCACAGACGAGGUCUCCUGCCGAAGAGAAAGUCGGAGCUGCAGCUUGUUCUGGAACACAAGCAGAGAGAGCAGCACAAGCAGGGGGAGCUGGCCCUCCACCCUCCCUCAGACUUUGAGGAGAAGCUCCGCGCAAUGCAGCAGAGAAUACAAGUCUGUGAGCUGGAGGAGAAGAAAAGGAACGAGAGCCUACAGGACGUACCAGAGUUUGUCCGAGUGAGAGGAACUUUGAAGCACGUGCAAACUUUUUCAUCGUGACAACCAGAGCUACUAGAACAGUUUCCCGUGCUAUCGUCAAGUCAUCUGGAGGAUCAGAAAAUGUAUCAUUUACAGUGUGCAGUAUGAGAUUUGUAUUUCAGAUAGGGAAGACCUCAAGUAAUUAGUCCUAUAGAAUGUCCAACAUUGCCAAGCAUCAAAGAGUGGACUUGUGGACUUCACUUGUAAAGUUAUAUAGUGAUGAAGUUUUCAAGGAAUUUCUUUAAAUCUGAUGUUAUCAUUGUGAGCUGUGGAAAGAUCAUAGACAAUAUAUAGAAUGAGAAUACAAGCGACAGGAGUACAUAUAAAAUGUUUAAUAAAACAUCCGGGGAGGCUGACCAUGUACAUACA